AGCGCGCGCGUGUGCGUGCGUGCCGCUUGCGCAUGCGCGCGACGCCCGCUCGCUGCUGCUGGGUCGCCGGGGCCCUCUUGUGUGAGGUAAAAUAGGAAAAGCCCCGAGAGAAGGAGGAGGAGGAGGCGGCGGAGCCGGAGAGGAAGGAAGGAAGGGAAGAAGGAGAGAAGAGAGAGAAAGCCGCCUCGACAGCCGCCACAACCGCCGCCGCCGCCUCCUCUCCCCCCCCCCUCACACCCCGCUCGGAUUCACCUCAGCGCCGAAGGAGGAAGCAGAAAGAGGCAGCGGCGAGAGAGGAGGCGGAGGGGCAGCCGAGCGGGCCCAGGGCCUUCGCGCCCCCGCCAUGAACAGCGUGGGGAGCGCCGACGAGAUCGGAAAGCUGUUUGUGGGUGGCCUUGACUGGAGUACCACGCAAGAAACUCUCCGCAGCUACUUUUCCCAGUAUGGGGAAGUUGUCGACUGUGUUAUAAUGAAAGAUAAGACGACGAAUCAGUCGCGAGGGUUCGGAUUCGUCAAAUUCAAAGAUCCCAAUUGUGUGGGGACAGUCCUGGCCAGCAGGCCUCACACAUUAGAUGGCCGAAAUAUUGAUCCAAAGCCUUGCACCCCUCGCGGAAUGCAGCCAGAGAGAACCCGACCAAAGGAGGGAUGGCAGAAAGGAUCCAGGAGCGACAACAAAUCUAAUAAAAUAUUUGUCGGUGGGAUCCCUCACAACUGCGGCGAGACAGAGCUCAGGGAAUACUUCAAGAAGUUCGGAGUGGUCACUGAAGUGGUCAUGAUCUAUGAUGCAGAGAAGCAGCGGCCCCGAGGUUUUGGAUUUAUUACUUUCGAGGACGAACAAUCAGUGGACCAGGCUGUCAACAUGCAUUUUCACGACAUCAUGGGCAAAAAAGUGGAGGUGAAGCGGGCCGAGCCUCGGGAUAGCAAGAGCCAGACGCCAGGGCCGACGGGCACGAGCCAGUGGGGAAGCCGGAUCAUGCCAAGCGCUGCCAACGGCUGGGCAGGGCAGCCCCCACCUACCUGGCAGCAAGGAUACGGACCUCAAGGAAUGUGGGUACCAGCGGGACAAGCACUCGGUGGAUACGGCCCCCCUCCUCCAGGUAGAGGAGCUCCACCUCCACCACCGCCUUUUACCUCGUACAUCGUCUCGACCCCUCCAGGAGGAUUCGCUCCCCCACAGGGCUUCCCGCAGGGAUAUGGGACCCCUCCGCCCUUCAGUUUUGGAUACGGUGCCCCGCCACCUCCACCAGACCAGUUUGCUCCUCCUGGCGUCCCACCGCCACCUGCCACUCCUGGGGCAACACCACUCGCUUUCCCCCCUCCGCCACCGCCAUCUCAGCCAACUCAGGACAUGAGCAAGCCACCAACCGCCCAGCCAGAUUUCCCCUAUAGUCAGUUCGGAUAUGGACAAGAUUUGAGUGGUUUUGGACAAGGCUUUGCCGACCCCAGCCAACAGCCCCCUUCCUAUGGAGGCCCUUCCGUACCACCCUCCAGUGGGCCGCCUGCAGGGGGCAGUGGUUUUGGCCGCGGACAGAACCAUAACGUUCAAGGUUUCCACCCUUACCGACGCUAGCACCUAGAAAUCAGGGAGUUCUGUCCAGAGCAGGAUAUCUGGUACCAGCCGAAACCCAGGAAUCCCAGACUUAUAUGAACUUGUGACAAUCACCUACUUUGCUGGAGGGGGGGGGUAAAAAAACCACAAAACGUAACAUCUUGGGAGGGGGCGCUAGGGGAGGAAUAAGCUUUUCCAAGCGAAGCCAUGGGUGGUGUUUGGACUGCAGUUUUUAAUUUUUGUUUUCCUUUCUUUAACCCAUCAGCACAAAUAAAAAGAGUGUCACUGGUUCAAACUUACAGGGUUUUAAAAACGUCUUCAGCUUUAAUUAAAACAAAAACAAACAAAC